UACAAAGGCGAACGUUGAUUAUCUAUCUAUCUUUCAUUCAUUUAAUUUAUUUUUAUCUUAACGUGUAGCCUUCUCAUUGGUGAUUUUGAAAUAGGAGUUUUUACAUGACAAAUCAAUUUAUGGGUUCAUAGUUUAGACUGAAACAUCAAGCAUAAAUUAUAUAAUUAUAAAAUUAAAAUAUGGGAAAUACUAUUUCUAGGAUAGAAGAAGAAAAAAAAAUUACUGAUAGUGAUAAAGAUUAUUUUAAAGUGAAUUUCGAAACCAAAUUAACCAACAGCUGGGGCACAUUAACUAUACGGGAUUGUGGUAACGACCACGGUAAUUUUAUCCCCGUGAAACAGUUUAAACUUCAAGACUUGCCUGAAGACUGUCGUAGAGAAGAAAUUUUUCAGUGCGUCAAAACACUCUCUUCUUUAACAUGUUUAGUCGACGUGAACGGUUUGAGUACAUCACGACCAAAAUACGAAAUGCACAAAAAACUUUUAAAACACAGGCUAGGCACAGGUACUGUCAUUCGUGUGGGAUUUGACGAUACAAGUUAUCCUCAAAACUGUAAGUGUAUCACUUGCUCUGGUUUAGAAGAACGUGUCCAGAAAGUAGAAAAGACAGCCACUAUAGAAGUAAUGACAGCAUGCCAUGUUGUCUUUGAUUGUUUCGAGGCUUCUAUGACUCGGAUAAAGUUGUUUUACGAUGACGAAUCGAAUAUGAAAGACAUAGUUUUCCUACAAGGCAGUCAUGUUGUUUCCAAAAACGUUCAAGACGAUUGGUGUGUUUUUGCUUGCCGAACGACGGACUUACAACUGGCGAACAUGCUUCUAGGGAUGUUAGAACUCUACGACGCACAGAACAAAAAGUUACAUGAAAUAAUUAACGAGCCCAAAGAUCUAGCAGUCAUCGCAUCACACCCUCAUGGCCGGUCGAAGCAUAUUUCUAUCGGCAAGUGGACGCCUAUCAAACCAAUUACCAUUGAUAGUGGAAUAACGGCUGAGUUUUUAGAUGAUAGAGCUGUUUAUAAUUUACACAUCGGAUGCCGAAAUACUGUGACAGAAAUCGAGAGUUCAAGUUCGUCAGUAGAGAAAGAAAGCCCAUCAUUUUAUAAUGAAAAUUCUAGCUCAAAAACUAAGAUAAAAAUUAAAACCCCGGUCAAUGUAAAAGAAAAGAUUAGCCACGAACCUGUAACAGAUGACCAAAGUAUUAUAAAUAAAAGUUUCUACUCUGUAAAAGGGAAAGAAAGCGCGGACAAUGAAAACAGCAAUAACAGCAAAGAUGAAUCAAACCACGAAGAAACCUUAAAAAUGUUCACGGACGAAAUAAGCUCACAAACUUUAUUGAAUAAAAGAAUCAUUAAUAUUUUUUGGGAACAAAAAGCUUUGGAUAUUGUAAAAGGUUCAAAGACAGAAUUUGUGGGAAUCGAAUGUGAAGUUUUCUUCCCCGAUAAUACGACAUCGCUGUGUCAUCUAUGGCAGAUCGAUCGUAAAGUUUCUGAUACGAAGCACGAGCUGGCGAUGUCUGCAGGAAUCAGGAACAUCCCAGAGGCCGAGCUUUACCUGGAGAUCCAGUUACCAGACGAUCAGAGACAGGAGAUGGACGACAACAAGGAAUUAAACUACUACAUUGACGAUAUAUCUAAAGCCUAUAGAAUCUUCAUGAACCGUAGAAUAAUUUAAUUUAGUUUUAGACAUUUAUAAUAUUUUAGUUGCGUUUUUCUUAAUAUUGCAUGUUUAAAAGUAUAUACUCUAUAUACAUAAGCAAUAAUACAUAGCUGAAGAUCAUCUGGGACGGAAAAAAAGGUAAAGAUUUUAAUUUGGUUUGGUAAAACUGUCCUGUAAUGAGAAUAAUGUUUUCUAUUUUUCUUUAAUA